GUAUAUAUGUCUGUAUGUAAACAAAAAAUGUUUUACUGUUGUACCUGAGACCUGGCGUUGAUAUCGUGUGUUGAAAAAACAUUAAUAAAAAAUGGUGGAUUUAGACAGCAGUUACAAUGAGAAAGAUUUCUUAGCAGUGGAAGCUUGGACAUUCUCGGAAACAUCGAUGGGGCUCGGUGCAGUUAUUGCAGGAUACCUGAUACUUGUUCUGAAGAUCUUACCACACUAUAUGAAAAAUAGACAUCCUUAUGCUUUGAAUAGAAUACUCGCAUUGUAUAACGUAUUUCAAGUCGCCUUUUCUUUGUACGCUGUUUUUCUUUACACGAGGUAUAUUAUAAAUCACGGAAUAAUAACAACAAGGUGUCCCAAGGGCGAUGACCUAAAAGCUGUGAUAACAGAGAUUUGGCCUUACUUCAUAGCGAAACAUGUGGACUUACUUGACACGGUGUUCUUCGUCCUCCGUAAGAAGGACAACCAAGUGACAUUCCUUCACGUCUUCCACCACACCCUGAUGGUGACGUGGACUUGGUUCCAUUUGAUGUACCAUCCGUCUGAUCAUUUCGUUGUCGUCGGAUUGAUUAACAGCUUCGUACAUGUAUUAAUGUACGCGUACUACGGUCUCUCGUCUUUGGGACCAGAAUACGCUAAAUAUGUCUGGUGGAAGAAACAUUUGACGAAGGUGCAGUUGAUUCAGUUUGUGCUGGUUCUUUCAAACUUACAUUAUCAGCAGAAGCUGUCUCCGUGUAGGAUUCCCUCCGCCUUCCACUACUUCUGUCUGUCGAGUAUCAGCUCAUUUUUCUUUCUUUUCAUGAACUUUUAUUUAAGAAGUUAUAUCAAAAAGGUAAAAGACAUACCCAAUGACGUUGGAAACCGUGAAUCUACACCUCAGAAAGUAGAAUAAAAAGUUCAGGUGAAGUUAAUUUUUCUUUAUAAAUAAAUAUAUCCUGAAAUGUUUGAUGCUUACAUAUUAUGUUUUUUUAUUAUUAUUUCAAUAUAUACGUGUAAUAUUUAAAUUAUAUUUUGAUAUUUUUUAACCAAAAUGUUGUCCAAAUUAUGAAAAAUUCAUGUAAACUUUUAUUUAUAUAGCUAUGCAUGCUAUGCUUAAUUCUACUUGGGAGAAGUGACUUUACACAUGAUAGGUCGUUAUUUUGUGUGAUGUUAAAGAAAAUAAUAAAUAGUGUAUAUUUUUGUACAUUCAAGCAAUACUGUCUUUAGUUGAAUUAAUUAAAAUAUGUUCUACUACUAACAAUACAGCAAUUGAAACGAAAAACAACUAGUGGAAUUGUCAAAAAUUUCCGAAACACAACGAUUAUUCAUUUUUUUAAUGAGGCUCUUUGUUAUUUAAAUUAAUUAUUUAUGGAAUUUAUUUCAUAUGCAAACUACAUGCUCAUGGUAUGUUCAUCCAGACUCAACGAUUAUGUUUUUUUGCGUAUAUUUAAUAAAAAAUAACGAUCUUUUAAAUACUUUUAUUUAUCACAAAGUAUUCAAAUUAAUGGACUAAAAUUUAUCAUUGUCAAUACUUUCUGAACAGAAGACAAUAAUAUUCAAAUAUUAUUUAAUUAU